UAAAACGACAGGCGAGGCGAGGCGAGGGUGGCGGAGGCAUCGGAAGGCGUCUUCGUACACGCCGGACCUCAAAUCUCUCGUCUUUCUUUUCCUCUAUCUCGCCUUCUCGCCGUAGGCUUCUCAAGUUCUCUUUCGCUUCUUUUCUUCUUCUUAGCGAGAAUGAGAGAGUGCAUCUCGAUCCACAUCGGGCAGGCCGGUAUCCAGGUCGGCAAUGCCUGCUGGGAACUUUACUGCCUCGAGCACGGUAUCCAGCCUGAUGGCCAAAUGCCCAGUGACAAGACCAUUGGUGGAGGUGAUGAUGCAUUCAACACCUUUUUCAGUGAGACUGGUGCUGGAAAGCAUGUCCCUCGUGCUGUGUUUGUUGAUCUGGAACCUACCGUGAUUGAUGAAGUGAGGACUGGAACUUACCGCCAGCUCUUCCACCCAGAGCAGCUUAUCAGUGGCAAGGAGGACGCUGCUAACAACUUUGCCCGUGGCCACUAUACCAUUGGCAAGGAAAUUGUUGACCUCUGCCUUGACCGCAUCAGGAAGCUUGCUGAUAACUGCACUGGUCUUCAGGGCUUCCUUGUAUUCAAUGCUGUUGGUGGAGGCACUGGCUCAGGCCUGGGCUCUCUUCUUCUUGAGCGUCUGUCUGUUGACUAUGGGAAGAAGUCGAAGCUUGGGUUCACCGUGUACCCCUCUCCCCAGGUCUCCACCUCUGUUGUUGAGCCCUACAACAGUGUUCUGUCCACCCACUCCCUCCUUGAGCACACUGAUGUUGCUGUGCUUCUUGACAAUGAAGCCAUCUAUGACAUCUGCAGGCGCUCCCUUGACAUCGAACGCCCCACCUAUACCAACCUCAACCGCCUUGUCUCUCAGGUGAUCUCAUCCCUGACUGCAUCACUGAGGUUUGAUGGUGCCCUGAAUGUCGAUGUUACCGAGUUCCAGACCAAUCUGGUCCCCUACCCGAGGAUUCACUUCAUGCUUUCCUCGUAUGCUCCUGUUAUCUCUGCGGAGAAGGCCUACCAUGAGCAACUCUCUGUUGCUGAAAUUACCAACAGUGCUUUUGAGCCUUCUUCCAUGAUGGCAAAAUGUGACCCUCGCCAUGGCAAGUACAUGGCUUGCUGCCUCAUGUACCGCGGAGAUGUGGUGCCCAAGGAUGUGAAUGCAGCGGUUGCCACCAUCAAGACCAAGCGCACCAUCCAGUUUGUUGAUUGGUGCCCAACUGGCUUUAAGUGCGGUAUCAACUACCAGCCACCUACUGUUGUGCCUGGUGGUGAUCUGGCCAAGGUGCAGAGGGCUGUGUGCAUGAUCUCCAACUCGACCAGUGUUGCCGAGGUGUUCUCCCGCAUUGACCACAAAUUUGACCUCAUGUAUGCCAAAAGAGCCUUUGUUCACUGGUAUGUUGGAGAGGGCAUGGAGGAAGGUGAGUUCUCUGAAGCUCGUGAGGAUCUUGCUGCACUGGAGAAAGAUUAUGAGGAAGUUGGGGCAGAAUCUGCUGAGGGUGAAGAUGGUGAUGAAGGUGAUGAAUACUGAGAGGGGCGGUCUUCGAUCUGUUGAUUGCAUGUGGUUCCCCAUCCUUUGCAUGUUUGUUGUCCAUUAGUUGUGGCUGUGUUCCUUUACUUUCUUGCUUGGAUGCUAAAACCUUCAAGCAUUUGUACUGUUUGAAUGUUGCUUUUGGUAUGCCAUCUACUGUUACCGUUGGGUUAUCUCGUAA